AUGGUAAUCAGCAAAUCAGAACAAGAAUCAAUUCUCAAUAGGUGUAUCAACAACAUCAGACAUCAACUGAAGUUAAUGAAGUCAAAUCUUGAUGAAUAUAAAUUAUUACCAGCAUUAAAGAAUUGUUCAAACUUCUUGAAUGAAUUACGCGUUAGUCAAUUGACUCCAAAACAGUACUAUGAGAUAUAUAUUAUGGCCUUUGACUCGUUGGAGAUACUUAGUGGAUAUUUAGUUAGUAGUAAUCCAAAGGGUAAGAAGAAUAGUGCUGAAGAGAAUGAGGAGGAAACUAAUGAGAAUACCGACGACGAUAAGGUGUCUUCAGCCAAGACAAAUGCGUUUCUUGCUGAUUUAUAUGAAAUUGUUCAAUAUGCCGGUAACAUUGUUCCUCGGUUAUACAUGAUGAUCGUGGUUGGUACAUCAUACAUGACGUUACCAGGAGCACCAGCUAAGGAUUUAAUGAAGGAUAUGAUUGAAAUGUGUCAUGGAGUGCAACAUCCCAUCAGAGGAUUAUUCUUGCGGUAUUAUCUAUCUCAGCGUACUAAAAAUUCAUUACCUUUUAAAACUAAAGUUGAUUUCAAUGAAACGGUUGAUUUCUUAAUUACUAAUUUUAUCGAAAUGAAUAAAUUAUGGGUACGAUUACAACACCAGGGCCAUUCAUCGGAGAGGGAAAUUCGAUAUAAUGAACGUAAAGAGUUGAAAAUCCUCGUUGGAACGAAUUUAGUUCGUUUAAGUCAAAUUAUUGAUGAUUAUGAUGCUAAAGCAGCAGGAGAUGAUGAUGGGUAUUCAGCAAUUACUUUUUAUCAAGAUAAAGUGUUCCCCACAAUUACAGAACAAAUCAUUCAGUGCCGUGAUCAUUUGGCCCAAACUUAUCUUGUUGAUGUAUUGAUUCAAAUUUUCCCUGAUGAAUUUCAUUUUGCUACCUUAGAAAAAUUGUUGAAUCAAGUUUUUGUUAAUUUACAUCCAUUGUUGAAUAAAAGUGAAUUGGUUAAUACAUUGAUUGAGAAAUUUAUUACGUACAAUAAGUUUACCAAUGAUUCAAUCACCACGGCAGAUGCAGAAGGAGAGAGUAGUGGAAAGGCAAAUAAACUGACUGUUGAUGUAACUUCGUUGUUUAAUACAUUUUGGCAAUUUUACCUCAAUUUGAAUGAAUCCGAAUCUGAUUUGUCGUUACAAGAACAUGCAAAAUUACUUGAGUCUUUUAUCAAGUUGUCAUUGACCUUUGAUCCAUCAAGUUUUGAAAAUUUAGAUGUUAUUUAUAAAUAUGUUGCUGAGAAUUUAAUCAACAAUGAAAAUGAAAGCGGGGAAAAACAACAACAACAGCAACAACAAGUGUUGGUACAAUUACUUGGUGAAUCAAUUAGUCAUUUCACUUCGAUCAAGACGAUUUUAACAUUGAAUAAUUAUUUCACAUUUUUCAAUAAAUUGAAUCCAAGUUUACAAAAACAUAUUGCUUUGGUCAUUAUUGAUCAAAUCUUAUCAAUACUGAAGGAGGAAAGCAAAGAAAAAGAAUAUUACACAACUGUGAAUGAAAUUGAUGGUAUUUUCAAAUACAUGUUGGUCCUAAUUAAACAAACACCAGCUAAUUUUGAUACAGCUCAAGAUUUGGGAAUCACCAAAACUGUCAAAAUUAAUAAUGGAGAGAAAUUGGUGACAUUGGAUUUCCUUGAAAUCCAAGAGAAGAUAAACAAAUUAGUACAAUUGAUUAAUAAUCCUCAAGAUCCUAAACUGGUUAUUGCCAAUUUAUUUCAUUUACGGAAAAAAUACUUAAACAAGAAUUUUGAAAGUUUGAUAUUCACUUAUCCUACCUUAAUUGAUAGAAUAUUGUUUAAAUUGAAACUUAUUGGGUAUGUACAUUUGCAAAGGCAAAGACAAACUAAAAGUCAAAAGAAGGAUGUCACCACUGGGGAAUAUGAUGAUGAAGUGAAUCGUUUCCUUGUAUCCAGUUUCAAAAGUUUAUCAGUUAUCAUUGAAGAAAUGUAUCAAAUCCAUGGUGAGUAUUCGUCUGAGUUAAUACUUCGAAAAUAUCUCGAUGUAGCAAUGGUUUCAGAUCAAUUGAAAUUGAAUUCAAUUACAGUGGAGAUUUUCAAUCAAUGUUUUAUACUUUAUGAAGAGCAUUUAAUUGUAUUGUCACAACCAUAUAAAUUCAAUGAACUGAAACUACUGAGUGGUAGCGGUGGUGGUGGUUUUGGCGGUGGGUUUUCAGUUGCAUUGCAAUCUAUAUUAUCCAUUGCUAAUACGUUAAUUAGAACAAGGUAUUUACCUAGGAAUGAUUAUGAAGAAUUGAUUAUUAAAUUGACAUUAUAUGGAAGUAAAUUGUUGAAAAAACAAGAUGGAUGCCGUGCAAUUUAUUCAUGUGCUCAUUUGUUCUGGUGGAAUGAAAAUUUAUUGCCAAGGAAUGAAGAGUCACCAACAUUAAGGGAAGAGGAGACAACUGAGAAGAAAGAGAAGGAAGAAGCUAAAGAGGGAUCAAAGGAGAAGAGCAAUGAAGAUAAUAAUAAAUCCAAUGAAGGUGAAGAUGAUUCAAUAUCUAUACCUGAAUUGUAUCGUGAACCCAAACGAGUAUUGGAAUGUAUUCAAAAAUCACUUCGACUUGCGGAUUCAAUAAUUGAUCCAUAUAUUAGUCUUCAAUUAUUUAUUGAGAUUUUAAAUCAAGCUUUAAUUUUUCAUACUUAUGGUAAUGAAUUAAUUGAUAAUAAAUUCAUUAGCGGAUUGAUAAAUCUAGUUAGGACAAAUAUGGAUAAUCUACGUGAUCAAAAUGAAGGAGAAAACACAGAGGUUGAUGGCAAUGGUGAUAAUGGAGAAGAUGUUGAGACAAAGAUGUUUAAACAAAGUCAAUUGUUUUUCAAUCAAACUUUAGAACAAAUUAAUCUUUAUGGAUAA